UUCUCGCGGGAUUUCGGUCCCACUAGACGGCCGCUCUCUCCUCGACGCCUCGCAGGCGGGGGUCGCCAUGGUUCAUUUCUUGCAUCCGGGCCUGUCGCCCCGGACCAUCGUCCCUCCCGACGCUCAGAAGGAUGCCCUAGGUUGCAGCGUGGUGCAGGAGGAGGCAUCUCCCUACUCUUUGGUCAACAUCUGCCUGAACGUCCUGGUUGCUAACCUGGAGAAAUUGUGUUCUGAAAGACCUGAUGGAACACUUUGCCUUCCGGAACACUGGAGUUUCCCUCAGGAAUUAGCUGACCGAUUGGUUGGGGUAAUGACCUGGCAAGGCAAGCUGACUGAUAAAACAGCAAGCAUUUUCCAAGGCACCCAAAUGAAACUGAAGCUGGUCAAUAUUCAGAAAGCUCAGAUCACUACAGCUGCAUUCAUAAAAGCCUUCUGCCAUCACAAACUCAUUGAACUGGAUGCUACGGCAGUACACACUGACCUCCCAAUCCCAGACAUCCUAAGUGGGCUCUGCAGCAAUGGGUGGAUCCAGCAAAACCUCCGAUGUCUCCUGUUGGACUCAGCAAACAUCCCUCGAGAUUCGAGACGGUUGUUCUUUGGACAGCUCACUGGUCUUCGAAUUUUAAGUGUGUUCAAUGUUCGUUUUCAUACUGAAGACCUGGCAAAUGUCUCUCAGUUACCCAAACUGGAAAGCUUGGAUAUCUCUAACACCCUGGUCACUAACAUCUCUGUGCUCCUCUCCUGUAAGGAUCGACUCAAAUCUCUCACAAUGCACUAUCUGAAGUGCCUGACCAUGACCAAACCGCAGAUCCUUGCAGUCAUUAGAGAACUUAAAUGUCUGCUUCACCUUGAUAUUUCUGAUCACAGGCAACUCAAGUCAGAUCUCGCUUCUCAGUUGCUACAGCAGAAGGAUAUUCUGCCUCAUCUUGUGUCACUGGACAUUUCUGGGGGCAGUCGCAUCACUGAUAGAGCUGUGGAACUGUUCAUACAGCAACGGCCUGCAAUGCAAUUUGUGGGACUGUUGGCUACGGAUGCUGGUUAUUCUGAUUUCUUUUCUACAAAGCAAGGCUUGAGGGUUGCUGGAGGAGCCAAUAUGAGUCAGAUUUCAGAAGCACUGAGCCGAUACAGGAAUAGGUCGUGUUUUAUGAAGGAAGCCCUCUACAGGCUGUUCACAGAGACGUUUUCGAUGCAGGUAACCAUGCCUGCUGUUUUAAAGCUUGUGGCUAUAGGAAUGAGGAAUCAUCCAUUGGAUUUGCCAGUACAAUUCACAGCCAGUGCUUGUGCCCUCAACCUAACACGCCAGGGCCUGGCCAGGGGGAUGCCUGUUCGUCUGUUGUCAGAGGUUACCUGUCUACUUUUCAAGGCUCUGAAAAAUUUCCCCCAUUACCAGCAGUUACAGAAGAAUUGUCUUCUCUCCUUAACCAAUUCCAGGAUUCUUGUGGAUGUUCCAUUUGACAGGUUUGAUGCUGCCAAGUUUGUUAUGAGAUGGCUCUGUAAGCAUGAAAACCCCAAGAUGCAAACAAUGGCAGUGAGCGUCACCUCUAUUCUAGCCCUGCAGCUCUCACCUGAGCAAACUGCACAACUUAAAGAAGAGCUCUUCAUGGCAGUUAAGGAACUUCUAGCAAUAGUAAAACAAAAGACUGCUGAAAAUUUAGAUGAUGUCACCCUCUUGUUUACUUUGAAAGCACUUUGGAAUCUUACAGAUGAGUCUCCAGCUGCCUGCAAGCACUUUCUUGAAAAUCAAGGAUUGGCAAUCUUCAUUCAAGUCUUGGAGACUUUUUCAGAGUCAACAAUCCAAAGCAAAGUACUUGGUCUUUUGAACAACAUAGCCGAAGUCAGAGAACUCUCUUCCACACUGAUGACCAAAGCUGUGGUAAAGCAUGUCAGCAGCUUACUCCACAGCAAGGAGUUGGAAGUCAGCUAUUUUGCUGCGGGCAUCGUAGCCCACCUGACGUCGGACAGACAGCCCUGGAUAUCCCAUGACCUUCAGAGGAAUGCUCUUCUCCAGGAUCUGUAUGUAACCAUCCAGAAUUGGCCAAGUUCAAGUUGCAAGAUGAUCGCGUUGGUGACCUACAGAUCCUUCAAGGCAUUUUUCCCGCUCCUUGGCAACUUCUCUCAACCAGAGGUUCAACUCUGGGCACUGUGGGCCCUGUAUCAUGUCUGCAGUGAAAACCCCGGCAAAUACUGCAAACUGUUAGUGGAAGAAGGAGGACUGCAGCUUCUGUGUGACAUCCAGGAGCACAGUGAGGCAGACCCCCAGGCACAGCAGAUGGCAGCCUCCAUUCUGGAUGACUUCAGAAUGCAUUUCAUGAAUUAUCAGAGACGCCCUCUGUGUUGA